CGGUUGGUCGAUCGAGUUGGUCAUUCGGUGCAACAACCAAAAAAUAAAAUUAUACGAUAGAAAAAACACAAAAUAAUCAUUUUUGGUUUCACGACAAACGCAGAGAGUAUCAUCGCGUAUAUUUUUUUUUUCUCACGAUAAACUCUGGAGUGCGAAUACGAAAUCGCGUAAAUUCGCGCAUAGAGAAGAGAACCGACAGGCAAUCGGCGUGAACAACCACCUGUGUCGUUAUCGUCGUCGUCGUCGUCGUCGUCGUCGUCGCCGUCGUCGUCGUCGUCAUCCUCGCGUGAUACGCGGACAACUUCAGUUCGGACAUGCACACACACACACACACACACACAACACACACACACGCUCGGCCACGCGCUUCGUGAACUCUCGCCGAUUGUCCGUCGCGUAUUCGCGACACUUCGCGUUCGUUACGAACCGCGCGGGCACGAAAAAGCAGCAGCUUUUGUCCUCAUUCGCGCCACAGUUAAUCUCGCGAGGAGUCAAGGUCGCGUUCGGAGAAGAUUCUCCGCCGCUUUCCCACCCUGCGCGACGUGUGCGGGGACUGUGCAACAGUGUAGAAAUUCGAGGAGUUCCUCGAGACCGAAUAUCGCUGCCGGCUGUCGAAACCGGCGAUCAUCGAGAGAUCGCAGAUAUAGAGCAUCAGGAACCGGGGGAUCUUCUCGAUGGGAGGGCGACACAAAAAAUGCCAUUGAAACCUCGAUCACAUCGUCAGACGAUUGUCUCCGUAGUUCUUUGUACUCGAAACUCGUGUAACGUCAUUCAUCUUCCCUUCGAGUCGAACUCGCGCAAAAUUCGAGCAGCAAGCAAAGAAGGAUGUAAUUUAAUCUUCGCCGAAACUUGGACAGAGUGACGUGACAUGAAUAAAGUACACUGAGCGAAUCGAAGUGGAUCGUUGAUGCUUCAUCGAUGGCGGAAGCGUAAAAUGCGUCGUGUCCAGCCGUUGGUCUGAAGAUGCUGGUGGACGACUGCGGCGGUGGAAUGGGGUGGACUACGGCCAGUAUGCGCGGAGGUUGGUCCACCCCGGCAGGAUGCAGAAAUUCGGCCAUGAGCUUCGGCGGCAGCGUGCCGUCCUUACACCCGACCGGCUCGAUAAGAUCGCUGCGCUCGCAACAUUCGAUGGUUCCGCCCGAGACACCACGAAGAUGCAUACAUUGUCAUCCGGUACAUGUACCCAGCACACCCAAUAAUUACAUGCAACACCCUAUGCAGUACUACACGCCGACUCAUUGCAUGGAGGGUCAAAACGGCACGUAUCUGCCGCAUCGCGGGAGUUCGUAUCACGGCGACACUCGUCCUCGUUAUUCAUGCAUAGACGGCGACGACGGCAUGGGUGGUAACACGAACUGGGUUCUGAGCGACUUACGCAGCCUGCAUCGUUGUGUGCCCGCGCUUCGUCGCACAGGCAUAGACGUCACUGGAAUGCGAACGCACUUUUAUCCGGAAGGUGGCUGGGGUUGGUUGGUCUGCGCCGCCGGGUUCCUAGCCCUGUUGCUUACCACCGGGAUGCAGCUCGCCUUCGGAUUACUUCACCUCUACGCCGUGCGUCAUCUUGGUAAGGUCUACAUGACGGACAUAGUAUGGGCCGGGGCUUUGAGUACCGCAGUUUCACGAGGUUCAGCACCGUUGGUCGUCGGCGCGUGUCGCCGCGGCAAUACAAGACUUACGGCGGUGAUCGGUGGCCUCGUACUGGCUGUGGCAUCGCUCUUCACCUCGUUCGCUCUCCAGAUGCAUCAAGUGGUCCUUAGCUACGGGGUGGUGCUGGGCACGGGAGCCGGCCUCGUGAGGGAAACCGCCAGUUUGGUGUUAGGCAAUUACUUCAGAAAACGCCGCGAGUUCGUCGAGAUGGUGGUGCAAGCAGGCACCGGCGUGGGAAUUGCGCUCUUCAGCGUCUUCUACCAGGAAGCUGUCGGGAAACUGGGCUGGCGGCUGGGACUUCAAUCGGUCACGGGAGCACUCUCGUUGGCCUUCUUCCUGGGGCUGAUUUACCGGAGUGCCUCGCUCUACCAUCCGCAGCGACGCGCCAUAUUGCAUUUGAAGAAUCAGCGCAGCAAAGUCAAAGAAAAGAAAUCCACGAACAAAGUACCGAAACAGCCGUUGGUCGACCUGAGCCCUCUGGGAUCGCGUCCUGUGAGGAUGCUCAUGCUGGCCGCCGGCGCGGCCGGCUUUGGUCUUUACACCCCUGCCUUCUAUAUCGCUCUGCAAGGCUACCAGGAGGGGCUCGAGGCCAGCGCGCUCGUGUUGCUGCAGACCUGUUUAGGAUUGGCAGCCGCGCUCGGAUGCGCGGCUUGGGGGAUAGUUACUGCCAGACCAUCCGCUCAGUGCCUAGUGUCCAGGCAAUAUCUUUGCCAAGCGGCGCUUAUUGGGGUUGCUGUGGCUCAAGUGGCGCUUGGUAGCGUACAAGGUUAUCACGGUCUCGUUUUGGCCUCCGGGCUUUACGGCGCCUCGCUCGGCGGUGCUCUUUACUCCCUUAAGAUGUUGGCUCUGGAAAGACUGCGAGCGAGACACUUCGCCAGAUCGUGGGCCCUGGUACAAGCCGCGGAAGCUCUGCCCAUUCUUCUUGGAGUUCCCCUUACAGGUUACAUGAACGAGAGCAACCCGCGAGUGGGUUAUUACGCGUGCACGUUGAGUUCCUUGUGCGGCGCGGCGUUGCUUUUUCUGGUCGGUUGGGGGCGACAACCGGCUUCGCCGAUUUUGCCGGGUCCUCGUAUCUCCAGUUACGGCGUGAUGCCGCCGCCGCCGCCAUGCGUGUGUCCGCCACCGCCGAGGCCGCGGCUGCCGAAGUCGCAGUCGUUACACGUGCCUCUCGACGUCGAGGACAAUCUGCGUGACCGCGACUUUGUCGAACGCCAGCCAGAAACGGACCACUAUUGUCAUCCGCAAUUUCACGUGCCGCUUCGACCCAGCAAGAGCGUCCCGGAGGGCCUCGGCCAUCAUCACGACCCCUAUCGAAUGCGGCCGCGACGUCAUCGUGACAUUACUGUCAUCGAGCAGAUCACCACCAGCGUGUAGAACGAACCCGGGGUGGUGACGGCCUUAGUUAAUGCCGCGCGCAACUUCCUAAAAUUAGGCUAAUGGAACCUCGAGGCGAAGUUUGACCCUUGUUUUAACUUUGAGCAGUUAGGCGGCAUCUCCGACAAUAUUUAUUCUGUCCCAAGAACUCUUUGUGUUUGUUAUGCUUACGUAGGUAGCGACGCGGCAGAGAAGAAAUGCUUAUUACAUUUUAU